AUGAUCACUCACCAAAAUUUCGCCUCAGCGAUGUUCUACAAAGCGGAAUCUUACAGUCUUGAUAGAACGCCAAGGAUCUACGAGUUUUCCUCUUAUAGAUUCAUUGUUUCCAUUGUAAAUAUUUUCAACGCUCUAUGGCUCGUUGAGAGUAUUACCUCCCUGCGUGCCAACAUCAUACACCUUACGCCUUUUAUAGCAAAGCUACUAAGCCCAGGAGAGAUUCCCAGCAUCCGUACAGUGGUUUUCUCAGAAGAAGGGCUUCAUGCCGAUGAUCUUAGGAAACGGUGGGGAAAGGUCUAUGUCUUGAAUGUCUAUGGUCAGUUAGAGUGUGCCCCAAGGGUAGCAAUCAAGGACAACGCAACUACACCGGCAGAGGCUACAAGGAUAAGAAUAGGCUUAGGGCAAAGAACGUGGAUAGUGGACCCUCAGAAUUAUAAUAGACUUGUGCUAAUUAGACGUGGGUAUCUUGCAGAUCCGAAGAACACUACAGCCUCAUUUGUUGAAGAUCCAGUGUGGCUGGCCUCAGAUCCUCCAGAGGGCCGAGGAAGGUCUGGUCAGUAUUCCCUCGACAUCACAAAAUAA